GCUGGCUGCGUAAAGAAAUCAGGGUGACGUAGAAGUGACGUAGCAUGUAAGUUUCAUUUUCUUUUUUUCUAGAUUCCAAGGAGGCGACAGCGAACCUAUAAUAAUUUUAGCUAGAUUUCUGUCGAUUCAUCCAGUGGAUUGUGUGGUGGUUUGUUUGCGUGGUUAUCUCGAGCGAUCGCGAUGUGGACCUCAUCGCUUUCUAUUCCUAUCUGGUUCUUUGUAGAGACCACGAAACAGAAAGCUUUUCCUUGCUCCAACUUUCCUUAUCCUACAGCACCUUACGGGUGUUUAGAUUACCAUGGAGCAAAUCGAAGAGCAAUCCAAUGUGACCGAAAUGGAAAACGGGAGUACUGUGACCGUUCAACAAGGACAGGUUUUACAACAAAGCUCACCGCAAACUUCUAUGCCUCCACCGAUGCAAACUCCUUCAGUGAUUCAAGCUAACCAACAGUCCGUCAUACAGACAGCGCAAUCCAUUCAUUCCGCCUCGCUACAAGGUCAACAGAUCAGUUUGGCCCAGGCUGUCCAAGGAGUCAAUGAUACAGAAGAUCCAACUGGUGGGGUCUUAGAUGAAGAAAGCAAAAAACGAAGGGACAUUUUGUCCCGGCGGCCAUCUUACAGGUACGCUUGACUCGGCGAGGACACCGAACGAUCGCGUCGUUUUAUGUAAACACUGUGAUCCAAAGAGACUUGUGAAUCGCUAUAUAUAGGGUGAUAUUUCACGUGUUACCCACCAUUAUAAAAUAAACCAGCGUGUUCUAUUUAUUUCAAUCAUAAAUUUCGAACGAAACGUACAUGGGGACGUAAAUGCUGACGCACGAUAUUGCGCGAAGGCUCUUUUUUUUUUGCACGAAAUGUCGCCAUCACUUGUUUCCGUUACUCGGAGCUGUUACGUUACUUUAACUAAGGUAAGGUCUCCGAUUACAUGCCAUCUCGUUUAAAAUAAUCUCUCAGGAGCAACCGUGAUUGCAUUUACUUCGCGAUCCUGGUCAGUAAAGCGAGACCGCUUUAUAUUUUUAUUUCUUCGCCAAAGUCAAGAUCUGAUUGGGCUUAUUUGCACAGUUAGCUUUUGACUUUCUGGUAAAGUUGUGGUGGACGGCCUAUGAAUUUUUUACACAAACGUGCGAGUCAUAACCUAAGGAAAGUUUGUCGAAAGUAACCAGUCAUUUUUUUUUUUUUUGAACAAGAACUUCGAUCUGCGUAAGUGAAAUUAUAAGUUUUAGUUGAUAUGCAAUCAAGUAGAAAUCAGUAUUUUUAAACAUAGAGGAUAAAUGUUCCCAUGAGGCAGCUUGGUUCGUCUGAUACUUCAGCAUAUUUGAAAAAUAUUUUGACUAUUUAUAUCCUGUUGGAAUGUAUCAAUGAGAAACUAAAAGUGUUGAUCUAAUACGCUGUAUGACGGUCCCAACAAUAUUUGUGAACGUUUUUUUUAAUACGCUUGAUGUCAUAUUUAUGUAAUAAUUGCAUUACCACGAGUUAAUGGGUUUCAACUGGACAUAAAAUAUUGCAUGUUGUUGAAGAUAUUAUGUUGAUCUUUUAUUUUCACGUCCCAAAUUCACACAUCUGUUUAAACUGAAGUGUUUUACCAUGCAUUUUAAAUGGUUAAAUUUAGAUCAGUUGAUUCAAACUCAGAGUUUUGCUUGUGUAACAGGAAAUGAUUUAAAUUUUGCAGGAUGAUUCAGCGAUUUUUGACAUCUUUCACUAUUAUUUGUUUUAAAAUGUAACUUUGACUUUCUAACAGGAAAUUAUCAUUUCUUGUUGUAAAUCUGUAAAGUAAGCACUUGAUUUGUCAUGAUAAGCAAUCCUUCCUAUGUAAGCUACAAACUGCUACAAAGUAAUGGAAAGCUUUGCUUAAGUUUUGCACUUUGCAGCCAGUAUGAACUUUUCUUCAUCUACAGUUGAUAGAACUCUCAGAAGAUGGCACAGAAUACAUGGUGGUACAUAUAUAUCUUGCAUAACAGUGGAAAAAUCCCCCUUAUUUGUUCAGUAGUCAGUGAAUAACACUUUUAUGUAUUACCUUUGGAUCUUUCCGUAGGAAAAUUUUCAACGAGUUAUCUGGUUCUGAAAGUCCAACAAAGGUAGAGACAAUAUCUGAGGACAUCCAGACCCAAAGUGAAGGAACAGAAGGUGCCUCUCCAAUUGCAGUGAUAACCACAAGCACUUUAAACUACCAACAAGCUCCGCAAACUGUGACAAUUCCAGGAACUAUUCAGAUUGUGACAUCCGGUGAGCCACUGCAGACAGUGCCCAUGGCACAAAAUUCUUCAGGCACAGUGGUUCAAUAUCAACAGCAGCAACAGGUAUAAUUUAACAGCUUGUAAUGUUAGACUCUCUGGUAGUUGGAGUUUCUAAGCCAGCGUAUGGCCUGUGAACUUGUAUGAUGAUUGUGGCUGGUUUUACUGCUUCUGUUUGCAACACUUACAAUCUAGUUUUCACAACAUCAUUAAAUGUGAGAGUCAUAGCUGGAAUUUAAAGAAAGUGGAACUGUUCUGAUUUUUGCAAACUUUGUUUCUAUUACAGGUAAUUUAGUGUUAACAACUGAGUUGAAAGUGUAAAUUGGCCACUGUAAAGAGUUUAAAGUCUGAUUUUUUGAGGGUUAGUCCUUUGUCAGAGCAAUUGGAGGAAUUGUGGGUUGUGUGUGAGUUUAUAUGCAGAAAUUGGUGGGAAUAUGGUGACAAAAAAACAGGAAUACAUUGGUUGAAUGAAAAGUGCUCAUUGAUACUGUGGGGAUUAAGAGUGCCGAUAUGGAAGAUAAAUUUUUGUUCUAGUGUUUUGCGGCUUUCUGCACUGCCUAGAUGUAGGGAUAGGCCGCAAACUGCUAUAUGCUGUUUUGAAUGAUUAGGGAGAUUAAAGUGUCUAGCAACUGGUUUGAAUGCAUCCUUGUCUUUUUUUGUUUCUUUGCAGGAAAGGUGUUUCUAUUAGCCUUAUAGCUUUGCCCAUAAGAAUUGACUUUUCAGUCAAGAUGAAGUGAACUUCAGUUGAUUUCAUUUAGAUUGUGGGAACAUUGCAGUUGUCUCCUAACAACAAAAAUCCUUAUCUGGCCCAUGCCCCAUGCCAUGAAAAAAUUUAGUUUGUGGGAAAAGUUUUAAAACAAGUGAUUGUUAUGCUGUUGCAAUGUAAAGGAAAAGCAGCAAUAUUUAUUCAGCUCUUACAGAUUCUGUUUACCAUUUUUUGUAGGACGGUCAACAAUAUAUUUACGCAACUAAUCCAGGAGAGGUCCAAGUACAGGUGAGAGAGAGCAAUAUUUUUUAUCUUUAGAUGAUUGAGACAUGUUUUACUAUAAGACCUGAAAGUAACAAUUUUCCUGAGCUGAUCCAGGGAGCCUCUAUUAGCACUUGCAGUCCAUGAUGUGUGUGAGAUGGUGGAUUGAAAUAACCUGUGUUAGCAACAACUGGUAUAUUCAAUUUUUUUUUUAUAAAGAUAUCAAGAAAGGGGUUAGUGUGCUAGACUGCAAGACAAGAGGUCUGUGUUAAAGACUUGGUUAGCUUAUCACAUCCCAGAAAAGACACUCAACUCUAAAGCCACGUUCAAACGGUCAAGAUAGUUGAUGAAAGUUUCAACUAUCACAUGCUUUUGAACAUGAACUAUCAUGAACUAUUACCAACUUUCAUCGACUAUCAUCAACAAACAGUAGCUUGGACAUGUUCAAACGCAACAUGAUAGUUGAUGAAAGUUUUUGCCCUUUGAACAAGCGGAUGAUAGAGAGUGACAUUUUUUGAGUCAGUAGUUUUGCCAAAAACUCAAAAGCUCAAACUAAAAUGGCAAGUGAUAAAAUGGCUAAAAUUUCACAGAAAUUCUCAUAAUUCAUUCUAAUCAUCUCCAGGUAGGCUUCAGUAUUUUCAACUAGCAAUUCUUGACUAACAAAUGCCGCAGAAAUUGCAGACCUCAGUGCAUCCUAUACUCUCAUUGCAUCAUUUUUUUAGCUCUCAUCAUUUUAUUCUCCUUGUCAAGAUCUUAAAAAAUAUAUAGAGAACAGUAUGGAGAAUAUAAGUACUGAUGUUAGGGUUAAUAGGUUGAGGAAAACUAUCAAGGAAGCCAGACAAAAUCCUGGGGGAGGGGGGGGGGGGCAACCUGAAAUGGACUGGCAUUCCAUCCAGGAGGGAGUAGAAGUAUUUCCUUGUCACUUCAUGCAGUGGAAACUAAGGGCGGCCACACACCUAGUGAUUUUGUGUGCCUAUAGGGAAUAAAAUUGCCAGGUGUGUUGCUGGCUUAACAUAGGCUCCCGUGGUAUUGGGCACUUGGAUGGAUUGCUGACUUUGACUGUCUUACACUUUUUUCACUUGUUUCUGUAGCAAGUCCAAGUUAGUAACACCGGUACAAUGUACACAAUACCUGCAGCACAACAGCAGUACAUCCGUGGACAGUUGCCUCCAGGUGUUGUUCUUAAUUCACCUGGAAUUGGUGGAAACGGCCAACAAAUCGCUGAAGAUGCUUCACGGAAACGAGAAAUGAGACUGAUGAAAAAUAGGUGAUUACCCUUUGUUAGAUAAGAGUGGUUUUGUUGAAGCUUUUAUAGGAUUUUUUUCAGCCAAAAGUUCACCAAAUCAGCAACCUCAAUGGACUAACUUGUACUCAAAUGUCCUUGACGUGUGACUUUCAAACAAAUCACUGCAGCUCAAGUACUUGCAAUAAUUGUGCAUGCCACUUGUUAGCAAGCUCAGAAACUUGUUUAAGCAUGCAUCACACUUAUAUGCUUGUCUUCUCAACAUCCUCCAUGGAUAGAAAAACAUCCUUUAUUGAUAGAUACUUCAAACAGAUGUGUUUGAAGUAUAACCCUUAAAACUAGAAUUAGCACUCUUUCAAGCUGAUAGAUAUUCUUAAGUUUGUUACUAUCAAUGGCCUUUUCUAGCAAAUUUUCUUGUUUUGGUUUGCUAUGACUUGAUUAUACCAGUCAUUUCUCUGACCUACCAUCAUUUACAUGUGAAGUGUGAAGUAUGUUUCCUAAGAAAUGAAAAACAAAAAGUUAAAAAUUCAGUGGCCUCCUAGGUUUCUAUGGUUGACAUGAACCAGGCUGAAAAUCCUAGUUUGGUUGUCAUUUUUGUUGAUACAGCAAAACUUGCAUAUUGUGUUCACAUUUAUAACUUUGCUUUCUUCGUUCUCAGAGAGGCAGCUAAAGAAUGUAGACGGAAGAAGAAAGAGUAUGUGAAGUGUCUUGAAAACAGAGUCGCUGUCCUUGAAAACCAAAAUAAGACGCUAAUAGAGGAACUCAAAACACUUAAGGAUCUUUACUGUCACAAGUCAGAAUAGAUUCUAUUGCUCUCUACUGUAAAGAAGCAGAAUUUAGAGAAAAUUUUUUCCAGUGACUUACAAAUACUCCUAGAAGUUUAUAUUUUGUCUCGGUGUGAGCAAAGCUUAGGUAUUUGCUAAAGAAUUACAGAAGCAGUUUUGAAUAGAAAAAAAUCUAACUCCAAUUUGGUUUCUUUGGCAAAUAAGUCAGUUCCAUUUUGUUUUUGUGUUAGUUGUGAUGGUUGCCUGUAUCAACCUUCAUUGUUGAAAUUGCAUUUCACGAGUCAUUGGAAAAGUUAAUAUUUAUACAUGUAAGUAAAUAGCUAACCUUCAGUCCAAAAAAACAGCAGCGUUAAGGUUGCAUGACAUUGUAAAUAGCUCUCGAUAUUUUAAUCAUUUGUAAUAAUGCAAUGCAUUCAUGAUUUUCUACAAAAGGAGAAAGUUUUAUGCUGGUAGAAGUUUUUUUUUUACCAUGGCUAAGUUUUUUUGUGUGUUUAUUAAGACUGUGGUUAUUAUUAUUAUUAACAUACUGGUAGAUGAAAAUGAUGUUGUUGUCAUUACUCUUUCUCUGUCAAUGUCAUUAAGACAUGGUGUAAAUUAUGGAUUAAGACAUAACAAGAAUAACACAAGCUUUGUAAAACUCUAAAAAUGUGUGUUUUACUCCAAGUAGUUCACACAAAAUUUAUUCCUAUGGUUGAAUUAAAACUAAAUGUUAAUACAUUG